CUGCAUGCCAGUGUCGUCUCCCCCGAGAUGCAUUUGUUCGCAGUAGUCUCCCUUGUCGUGGCUGCUGCCACGGCCACCAAGAUGACCAUGCGGCAUGGCGUCCUCUCCUCCAUGAGAAACGCCCCCUCGGCGGUGCGCCUCACCCGAAUGGUGCUCCGCGGCCUCUCAGGUGCAUGAGGCCGGUGGUGUGUAGUCUGCAGGCAGAAACAUGACUGCGUCUCUCUGCCCUUCUGCUUUGCAAUGUUUUGCAAUGCACUGCACUGCAGGGCGAGACCGACUCCGCCAGCCAGUGUGCCGCCAGCUGCCGAGAUUGAGGAGUCAUCCGAAUCUGAGCCGUGGACGGGUGGGUCUGUGCCAGGCCCCAACGGUGAGGAUGACAUUGACGACGACGAGACUGAGGAGGAGGAGGAAAUGUCUGUGCAAGAUGAGGUACAUAUGUAAAGGGUGGCACCGCAUGGGUAGACAGACAGACAGACAGACAGACAGCCAGACCAUUCUCGAAUACAUGCACCGCUGCACACAGGGCAGGGCAUGCAGCCGAUGCUGCACGCCGCGCACUUUUGUUCAUUCACGUUGGAUGAUGGGUACAGGAGGACGAGGAGCUCGAGAGGGAUCUCAGAGCCAUCGCCGCAAAGAAGCAGACGCCAAUCGACGUCAGCAAGCAGCAGUUUGGGGCAAACAUGUAUGAAUUCAACAAGGACAUCGACGUGCCGCCGGACGCCGAGCGGGAAAACCCCUCUAUGGAGGAGGACGGUGUGUGUGUGCGAGAUGAUACUCAUGAGACAGGCAGGACUUCUUCUUCCAUCCACUGCGCUGGUUUCGUGUGCAGAGGUGUUUCCGUACGUGAGCAAGAGAAUGGAUCCGCUGCUCACCCUUCGGACCUACGAUGUCACCGUGGUGCCGUGGGACGUUUUCCUGCAGAGCGGCUCGUCGCAGUGGCUGAGAGACGCCGAAGAGCAGGGAACCCGGCAAGAGAGCUUCUACCCUAUGUGAGGGCGUGCGUGUGUGCAUCCACACCAUAAGGCAUCCAUGUCUCCCUCCCUCUCUCUCUCUUUGUAGGUGUUGCGUGUGCUCCUCUGCCGCCAAGGCGGAAGACAUCGACUUGCCCAACACCAGAUGCAUCAAGGUGGGCAGACACCGAUGAUGUCGCACCACUGUGGAUCGACUUCACUGGUUGAUCGGGCCGCAUACCUCGCAGGUAGGGCCCUACAUUCCGCCGCCCCCCUCCGGCCCCAGGCCCCGCAUGUUUGGUCAAACCGACUGCCUCGUCGUCUUCGACAAGCAGGACCACCUCUGGGCGAUCUUUUACGGCAGUGUGGAUGAUGAGUUGGACCCGCAACACGAAAUUCCUGGCGUGCGUGUUGCGGAGAGAUCGGCAUGUGAAAGGGUGGAGCAGUGCAACAAGAAGAACGUGCAUCUGGCGGUGAGAAAGGCGGAGAGUGGGGUCUGGACAAAGUGCUCAAAAUCGGACCCGCCCGGCUCUUGUGGCUUGUGCUCGGGGAAAGAGCUGCCAUCCCAUAUGGGCUUCAUCCGGUGUGAGGAGGUCAGUGAAGAGACAGAGAGAGAGAGAGAGAGAGAGAUAAGUGUCUGUUUGUAUGCAGGUCGAUGAGCCUCUGCUGGAGAUUCUGAGGCAUGGGAGCAAUAUGGGGCUGACUCCAGAGGUUGGGGACCUCGCCGCCGUCAGGUAUUCGCUAGUCAGGGAGAAUAUCUAUGUGCUGACCCAAUUCGACGAACACAUGCUUCACCGCACGAGCUGAUGCGUGGCACUGUUAGCUGAAAUACGUACGGGACUCUUGGCACUCUCUUGGCCCCCGCUAUGUCACUCUGCUGAUGUGAAUUGCUGGAUACUCUCUGGUGUGUGAGCCUUCAAGACCUCAUACAUACGAUGACAUACACAUACAUGUGUUCGAC